AUGGAUCUCGCUUCUUCGCCACGGAGUUCUCUUGAAUGGAGUCUGGAUGACAGUUCAACAUGUCCGACCACCCCUGCGUCGAGUCCGCUGUUUCGCGCCGCGAAGGUGGACGAUGUAUCGCAUUCCUCACCUGAUGCAGUGUUCUCAGACGACCGCGUGAAGAGCAUUUGUGUAGUGGGUGCAGGAUAUGUCGGUAGGUUUGGAUGCAUACUUCAGCUUCGCACUACUAACUCUACAGGCGGACCGACGGCUGCGAUUCUCGCCCUGUACAAUCCAUCGGUUGAAGUGACCGUGCUGGACCGGGAUCCGCGUCGUAUUCAGGGCUGGAAAUCGUCCCAUCUGCCGGUGCAUGAGCCGAGCUUGUACAAUGUGGUACGGGCUACGCGCGAUGGUUCGGACAUGGCGAAUGCAAACGAGGCAUUUUCGAAGCGACAGCCCAAUCUGUUCUUCACGUGCGACUCGAUGACCAUCGCCCAGGCCGACAUGGUCUUUCUAGCGGUGAACACGCCCACCAAGACAUUCGGUCUGGGCGCGGGCAGAGCCACCGACAUGACUGCGGUCGACGGAGCCGUGCAGGAGAUCGCCCUGCACGCGAAGCCAGGGGCGAUUAUCGUCGAGAAGAGCACCGUGCCGUGUGGGACGGCUGAGAGGGUGCGACAAACGCUAUCUACCCUGCGCCCCGGCGUCCCGUUCGAAGUCCUCUCGAACCCCGAGUUUCUGUCCGAAGGCUCGGCUAUUGAGAACCUCGUCAGCCCAGACCGCGUCCUCAUCGGGUCCUCUGGGACCGCGUCGGGUCGUCGUGCUGCCCGCAUGCUGGCGCAUCUGUACACCUGGGUGCCACCCGCGCGGAUCCUCCAGGUCAACGCCUGGUCAUCGGAGCUGGCGAAACUCGUGGCCAACGCAAUGCUGGCCCAGCGCAUCAGCAGCAUCAACUCGAUCAGCGCCAUCUGCGAGAAGACCGGCGCGGAAGUCGACCAGGUCGCGCGCGCCAUCGGCAUGGAUGCACGGAUCGGCUCGCAGUUCCUGAAAGCGGGAGUCGGAUUCGGAGGGUCCUGUUUCCGCAAGGACAUUGCCAGCCUAACCUACCUCGCCGAGUCGUUAGGCUUGGAGGAAGUCGCACACUACUGGCGCCAGGUCAACACGAUGAACGAGUACCAGCGCGUACGGUUCGCGCGACGAGUCAUCCAGCGCUUCGACGGCAACCUGACGGGCCGCAAGAUCGCCGUGUUAGGGUUUGCAUUCAAAAAAGACACCGGGGAUACGCGCGAAUCCCCCGUCGUCGACGUCAUCCGACUCCUACUCGAGGAACGACCCGCGGAGAUUGCCAUCUUCGAUCUCUACUGCCACGAGGAGGACAUCCUCCGCGAACUCGAAUCGGCCUGCGGCGCCGAGCUCGUCUCUACCAAGGUCACGAUCCUCUCCGACCCGUACCUGGCUUGCUCGCAAGCCCACGCAGUCCUCGUGAUGACAGACUGCGACCAGUUCAAGAACGGGCGCAAGCGAACCAGCUCCCGGUCUGAUUCGGAGACGUACGAGAGUCUCGACGAGAUGGUUUCCGCGCGCAAGGACGCGACGUGGGCGUUCCACGGGAUGACCUUUCGACUGGCCCCGCAGGAUGUCUGUGCGGGGGACUGCGCGGCGUGUCGGUCGUGGAGUCCACGAGUGGCUAGUGAGCCAUUGGAAUGGGCGCGGAUUGCGUACCAUCUGCAGGAUCCGAAAUGGGUGUUUGAUGGGCGGGGAUGUUUGGAUGGGGGGGAAUUGGAGAAGUUGGGGGUGGAGGUGGAGGCGAUUGGAAGAUGA